AUGGCUGGUAAAUUAUUUCCAAGUUUACUAAUCUUCAUUUUAAAAUUACAAUCAUGCUGGUUUGAUAAUACUUUUACAGAAAUUCCUUUAGAAAAUGAAUCCUUGAAUGUUGUUACAAAUACUGGCGGGAAUAUGUGUACAACUAAAAUGGACACGUGCUCAUUAAAAGUCGCGACAAAAUAUAUACGAGGUUUGCCCGGUCCUCCCGGGGAAAAAGGAGAAAGAGGCGUAGACGGUCAAAAAGGUGAUAAAGGAUUACGUGGUCCACCUGGAACGAUUGGAAAACAGGGUAUAUGUGAAUUGAGUGACACAGUUAGUGAUGCAGACAGUCCCGAAGGUUCUAUGUUAGGUGACAAGUUAGAACCCUUAAAUGGCCUUUGUAAGGAUUAUCCAGACCUUAUAAAAGUUCUUACAAAUGGUACGAAAUGGAUUAAAAAAUCCUCGCCGUUUGAAGUAACCUGCAAAGAAACAGGUUUAACAUGUCUUGCAAGUGUAAAGAAUACAAAACAAUAUGAUUAUACAAAAAAAUUGGAGCCAUUCUGGUUAAGCGAAUUAGGCUUUGAUUUCAACGAUUUUUAUGGGGUAACAACACACCAGAUUAACUACUUACAAGCUCGUGCAUCAUCUGUUUCGCUGACUAUAAGAUAUCAUUGUAAAAAUUCAGUAGUAUUGCCGGAAAAUACAGACAAAUCAUUACGAAUUUUGUUAUGGAAUGAUGUAAUAAUAAGCCCGUAUCCUGGAAAAAAGACCCCCCUUUAUUAUAAUAUACUAAAUGACAACUGUAAGGAACUUGGAGAUUAUAAAUCGAAAUGGCUUUACACUGACAUAUCGAUAGUCAGUCAGGUAGUUCAUCGUUUACCAGCAAUUGAUUUUCACAUACAAGACGUCCGAGACGAAAAUCAGUAUCUAUCUUUAGAAGUGAAAGAGCUAUGUUUUGGCUAA